UACUGACUAUCCCGGAGAAUAUGGAUUUGAGAUUAGUUUUUCACAACCUUCAAAAGAAACGAAAUCGACUACAUGGACUUAUUCUGACAGUCUGAAAAAGCUAUAUGUUCGAAUGGCCAACACAUGUCCAGUCCGUUUCAAGACUCGCAAUCGAACACCAGAGGGCACCGUCAUUCGUGCUAUGGCCAUCUAUAUGAAACCAGAGCAUGUCCAAGAAGUGGUCAAGCGAUGUCCCAACCACGCAGUCUCAAAGGAGCACAACGAAAAGCACCCAGCUCCCGAACACCUGGUGCGCUGCGAGCACAAGCAGGCCAGGUACGUCGAUGACCCCUGUACCCACCGCCAGAGUGUCAUUCUACCUCAUGAGAUCCCCCAGGCAGGGUCAGAGUGGGUGACCAACCUCUUCCAGUUCAUGUGUCUGGGGUCCUGUGUUGGUGGUCCCAACAGACGACCCCUGCAGAUUGUCUUCACGCUAGAGAGGGAGAGGGAUGGGUCAGUGCUUGGCCGCAGGGCAGUGGAAGUCAGGAUAUGUGCUUGUCCAGGACGAGAUAGAAAGGCAGAUGAAAGGGAUUCCCAGCCACCGAAAGGAUUCGUGAACAAACGAGGCCAAGCGGGCACACCAUCUUCCGUGACAGUUGGCACCGAGAUCGUGAGUGUGGCCAAGAAACGCAAGUUUGGGGAUGAUAAAGAAAUAUACAGUUUACCUGUCAGGGGGAAAGAAAACUACGAAAUUUUGCGGAAAAUGAGAGAUGCUCUAGAGCUGGCGGCUCUUGUUCCACCACAGACUGUAGAGGCUUACAAACUUCGCCAGGUGGAUGCUCAGAGACAGUGGUUUCCUAAUGUCGUGGGUCAAGAGCCAAAGGUCAAGUCAAUGGCUAAAAAGAAGAAAUUAGCUCCAAAACCUGGCAAGAUUCUCAAGAAAUAA